AUGACCAUCGGAACCCCACUUCCCGCUUUUGAACACAACCCACUUCCCGAACAUAAAUCACAUUUCCGCCUACUUAGCAUUAUUCGCGGCCAUUUCGGCCAACACGUUGAAUGCGAGAUCUCUACCUGGCCCAUUGACAAGGCACCGCCUUACUACGCAAUAUCAUAUGCGUGGGGCGAUGCCAACGACACGACGGAUAUUACGAUCAACGGUAGUCGUCUAGAGGUGCGGCGCAACUGCGAGUAUGCGCUCCAGCAGGCAUUUGCCACCAAGGCCUGUAGAUACGUAUGGGUGGAUGCUAUUUGCAUUGACCAGACGACCAAAGAAAAGAAUCACCAAGUCGGAAUUAUGGGCCUUAUUUACUCAGGAGCAAAGCACGUUCUGGCAUGCGUUGGG